UCCUUUCAAUAUGAAGGAGGAUCAAGUUGUGCUGGAGGAACCAGGAUUCCAAGAUGAUGAGGAAUCUUUGUUUCAAGACAUUGACCUGUUACAAAAAUAUGGAAUUAACGUGGCUGACAUUAAAAAAUUGAAGUCAGUAGGAAUCUGUACCAUCAAAGGGAUACAAAUGACAACAAGAAGAGCCCUGUGCAAUGUCAAAGGGCUCUCAGAAGCAAAAGUGGACAAGAUUAAAGAGGCAGCCAACAAACUUAUUGAGCCAGGAUUCUUGACUGCAUUUGAGUAUAGUGAGAAGAGGAAAAUGGUUUUCCAUAUCACCACUGGGAGCCAGGAAUUUGAUAAGUUGCUAGGAGGUGGAAUUGAAAGCAUGGCAAUCACAGAAGCUUUUGGAGAAUUUCGUACUGGAAAAACCCAGCUCUCUCAUACACUCUGUGUGACAGCUCAACUUCCAGGAGCAGGUGGCUACUCAGGAGGAAAGAUUAUCUUCAUCGAUACAGAAAAUACUUUCCGUCCAGAUCGCCUCCGGGACAUUGCUGAUCGCUUCAAUGUAGACCACGAUGCAGUGCUGGACAAUGUGCUUUAUGCACGUGCAUAUACUAGUGAACAUCAGAUGGAGCUACUUGACUAUGUAGCAGCAAAAUUCCAUGAAGAAGCUGGCAUCUUCAAGCUGUUGAUCAUUGAUUCGAUAAUGGCACUUUUUCGAGUGGAUUUCAGUGGUCGUGGGGAGUUGGCUGAACGACAACAAAAAUUGGCCCAGAUGUUAUCACGACUACAAAAAAUCUCAGAAGAAUAUAAUGUGGCUGUGUUUGUGACCAAUCAAAUGACUGCUGAUCCAGGAGCAACUAUGACUUUUCAGGCAGACCCCAAAAAACCCAUUGGGGGACACAUUCUGGCUCAUGCAUCAACAACAAGAAUAAGCUUGCGAAAGGGAAGAGGAGAACUAAGAAUUGCCAAGAUUUAUGACAGCCCUGAGAUGCCUGAAAAUGAAGCCACCUUCGCAAUAACUGCUGGAGGAAUUGGGGAUGCCAAGGAGUAGGUGGUGAAUUG